UCAAAAGUAUUAUUAAGCUCAAUCUCCUCCACACUUGUCGUCUCCAACUCCAGAGGAAAGCAAUGUCUCUCACGAUCCCGACGAACCUCGUCCUCAACCCGAGACCCAACAAGAAGACUCUCACUCAAUCCUUACCUAAAUCCACCGCGAGAUUCGUCUGCUCCACCGAUGACAACAAGUCCAUGAAGGCAUUCUCAGCGGCGGUGGCUCUCUCUUCCAUCCUCCUCUCAUCUCCGAUGCCAGCCGCCGCUGAUAUCUCGGGCCUAACCCCUUGCAAGGAGUCGAAACAGUUCGCCAAGAGGGAGAAGCAACAGAUCAAGAAGCUCCAAUCAUCUCUCAAGCUCUACGCUCCUGAGAGUGCUCCUGCUCUUGCUCUUAACGCUCAGAUCGAGAAGACCAAACGCAGGUUCGACAACUACGGCAAGUACGGGCUUCUGUGCGGUGCAGACGGGCUACCACACCUGAUAGUGAACGGAGACCAGAGGCAUUGGGGAGAGUUCAUAACACCUGGACUUUUGUUCCUCUACAUUGCGGGAUGGAUCGGGUGGGUGGGGAGAAGCUACUUGAUAGCUAUUAGUGAUGAGAAGAAACCAGCGAUGAAAGAGAUCAUCAUUGAUGUUCCAUUGGCUAGUCGUCUCAUCUUCCGUGGUUUCAUUUGGCCUGUUGCUGCUUACAGAGCCUUGCUCAAUGGCGAUCUCAUUGCCAAGGAUGUCUAAGAAACAAAAAUCUAUAUUUGAUCCUUUGUUUGCUUCGUAUGUAUUCAAACUCUGGUUAACUCUUCCCUAGUUAAGAAUAUAUCUCUGCAAUAUGGGAACUUGUUAUUUGGGUUAAAUGUUGAGAAUCCUACAAGCCAAAAAGUUAUAUAGUUUUUUUUCACAUA